AUGGCUAGGAAAGAACAAUGCAAGACUCUUCUUGCAAUUUUGGGGUUAUUGAUAUUCUUUGGAUACCUAGUGUGUGCAGCCAUUCUUGGGUUCCUAGGAAAAGCAGAAUUUUCUACGCUUAACUCAGAAGUCUCAAGUCCACAACAUUCACCAUCGUCACCAUCGAAUGGAACUCUCUCAUCACUAGAGAGAAGACAGAUACUUGACAUAAUCUAUUUGUCAACACGUGAUGUAACGCAUUUGACUUGCACCGAUGUGCGAACAAUUAACGAAAUGUAUCCAAGAGUGAGCAUUGAUCAGAUCAUGGAGGUAAUUUUGGAACUACUGGAAACUGAAGCUUAUGACCCAUCAAAAGAGUUAAUGCUAACACGAAAUUGUCCAUCAGAUCAGGGAGUCUUCAACAACAUCACAGUGUUUCUAUUGAAUAAGACAAUCUUGUUAUAUAUAUUCGCAUUGAUAAUCGUCCUAGUAAUCUCUGUUGUGGGAGAAUUUUUGUUUCGAACUUACGGUAAUCCGCUUUCCUACUGUCCCAACGACACUGAAUCCGCACAUUGCCAAGAAGAGGGCGAAAUGGAGAACGUAGGAGAAGGAGCACUUGCCUCGAUGAGAAGUGUGGCACGUAGAAUCUGGGGUGACAUCAGUAAACAUUUGACGGAGCAGCAAGGAACAGACGGACUGGCUUUACUCAGUUUUCAACUUUGCUUGAUAGCCAUUUUGAUACCAUCUUUCUUGAUGGUAAUCACGGUUUUACUAAUGCGAAUAUUUUCAACCUGGAAUGUAAUAAGAACAGCUUUAUGCUUGUGGGUGGUUUUUCUGCAUAGCGUCCUUACCUUUUGCUAUCACGUGUACCGAAACCAAACCAUUAUGGGCAACGGCGAAACAAUACGGACACUGCUCAUUUCACGGAUCAAUCACGUCAAAUGCACCGAAGAAUUUUUGAGAUCAUACUUCCGAGACAACAAUGGUGACAUUGUGACUGGAAUAAGUAUAAUUCACAAGCUGAUGGACGAGCCAUCAAGAAGCCAUCCAGCCACUGCAGCUUUCGUCACUUUUAGAACACGAGAACAUGCAGUGAGAGCAAGAAAACACUUAAUCCAUCACCGGACGCUAAGAGGUUGGCUAGUUGAAUGGGCUCCACCAUCUCGCGAUAUCGUAUGGUCCAACCUGCAUCAAAAGGGCAGCCCAACGUGUCUAUUAAAAAUGAUUAUCCAAUACUUUUUCAGCAUUCUCUUACCUCUAGCUGGAUCCACGAUAGUCGUCGAAACACUGAAACUCCUCGUCGACCAACAAAACAUCUUCUACAUUGCUCUACGUUACUCGAAAUCGAUUUUGACAAUUGUUUUCUUGGUGGUUGUUCGCGUUUGCCCAGCCUUUCAAGUGGAUCACAUGAGAAAAUCCAGUGCUCACUUGGGAUUCUUUUUCUCCUCUCUUAUCAUUAUCGUGGUGUCUGAAAUCGUGCUACCCAUGCUCAACUUCAAGGACAUCUGGAACUCCAUCAUCUGGACUCGAACAGAUCCAAACGUUUUGAAUCACUGGAUUCGGCUGCAGUGCAUCUUCCGGCCAGACUUGGGCUCUGAAAUGGCAAUCUCCGUCAUUGAAUGGAAUUUAUGUCACAGUUUUUUCAUUUUACCUCGUGUAACGCAAUGGAUAAACCGAUUAUGGCUGCGUUUAACCGAAUCUCCCAAGACUCAAUAUCCAUUUCUGCGCGACAAGUUCGACAUCGGCGAACGCUACUCCCAACUGGUGGCGCAGUUUGUCAUAACGUGCGUGGGAUAUUUCACGUUUCCACCCAUCAUACCUAUCAGCGUCCUGUGUCUGGUAGUUGGGUAUGUCAUCGAUCGCUAUACCAUGGUUCAAAUACAUCGGCCAACUUACUCCGGUGCCAAUGUCCAUCGUUGGGCAAUUCUAUUCGUCUUGCUCAUGCUGGUCAUCCAGAGCGUCCUUUUGUUUUACAAAAACGUGCUGAUGGUUGAAAAGGAACUACAACUAGUCGGGGAUUCGGCUGUAAUAACUCUCCUCGUUGGUUUGCACUCUUUCUUCUGCGUCGUUUCCAUCGUGGCCCAAUUUCUUUUAUAUUCCCGAACGACACGUGAUGGGGUCAUUGCCCAAGACGACGAAGCACAAAGUUACGUUCCACCACCACUCAGGUCUCACACAGGCGAACAAUUUAACGUACCUAUCGAAAAAACCAGAAAGCAGCCUAAACUCCAGAAACAGGACACCAACAAGAAAAGUAGAUCAAUUAGCUCAAUCACAGUCGUCUGCUAUACUUUUCUUGUGCCGCUGAUUGUGGCUUUCAUUAUCGUAACAACAAUAAGAUUCACCUUCGUGCCAAAAGUUGUCUACAGUAAAACAAACAACGUUAGCACGAUGUUAAAUGGCAACUUAAGUUUGUAUUCUGGUCGCGUACCGUACUCGAUAAUGCACGAGGUUUGCCAAAACGGUGCAAGUUGGCUCACGAUCAGGUCGAGAUGUGCCGACAUUUUAGUCGAUAAUGCCGUACGGAACAAUAAAGGCUCACCAUUCCAAAAAACGGAUGAAGAACGUAGACUACUUUGGACAGGAGGUUUCUUCGACCUAACGACGGGCGAUCACUGGCAAUGGCUCGACAAGAACGCCAAAACAGAAUACAGUAAUUUUUGCUUUGCCAACCAGACUACCGAGAUUGUCGCCAAGGCCAAACAAAUGGGUGUAUCAAUGUUGUACAUUGUUAAAGACUAUACAGGAAACAAGUUUGACAAAAAUGGAAGGGCUUGUUGGCAGAUUUACCACAAGAACGAACUCACCGCGAUGGGCUUCAGUUUCCCAGCAGACUCCAAUCCUAGACUGACGUUUGCCUGCAAUUCUAGCAUUACAGAAAAGUGACGUGCCACGUCUUCGUUAAUCGAUGCUGAUAUGCAACACAUAAAAAUUAAAGGAUAAUUUUGAAUGUUGUAUGCAAAAUAACAUUGUCAAUGAAUAAAAACUACAAUUCAA